AUUAUUACUAUAACAUACUAAUAGACGUACCUACUUACAAUGAGUGCUGAAAUAAAGAAUAAGAUUGCAGUCGUAACUGGAGGUGCUAAAGGUAUUGGCUAUGCAAUAGCUGAAGAGUUUCUCAACCAAGGAGCUAAAAUUGUUUUCAUUGUUGAUCUCAAUGAGAAUCAAGGUACUGAAACAGCGAAAACACUUAACUCAAAAUACGGGGACGCAAAAGCUGUGUUCAUUAAAUGUGAUAUCACCAAAGAUUUGGACAAAAUCUACGAGGAUAUUGUUAGCAAAUGUCCUAGUAUUGAUAUUCUAGUGAACAAUGCAGGCGUUUUUAAUGAACAUUCUUUGAGGAAAACUAUCGAAACUAAUACUGUGGCAACUGUGGAAUGGUCCAUGAAGUUUUUAGAAAACAUGAGAAAGGACAAAGGUGGUAAGGGGGGUGUCAUUUUGAAUGUCUCGUCAAUUUAUGGGUAUAUAGUCGAUGAGCUUUCACCUUUCUACAAAGCUUCAAAAUACGCCGUUAUGGGUUUUUCAAGGACGCUAGGACACGCCACAAACUAUAAUGUUACUGGCGUGAAAGUUCUUGUUAUUUGUCCAGGGAUAACAAAUACAGAUAUACUUAUGGACAUAAGAUCUAAUGAAGCACUUGCCUUUAAUGAACAAGGACUCCAGGAAGCAGUAAGUACUAUGCCAAGUCAAGAGAAGGAAGAUGUGGCCAAAGCAGCAGUGAAAAUCUUGGAAAACGGCAGAAGUGGCUCUGCUUGGAGUAUAAUCGGCGGAGAACUACAAUUAUUAGAAUAGUAAAAUGUAUUUCACCUAUUUUGAUAACUUAAUAAAGGAUAA